AUGAAAAUGCUGAAUUUAUCCUUUGCCUUGCAUAACUUCCAUGUAUAUUGAGGCAAGAUACACUUUCACCUGGAGAGGUGGCAAUGGUAUGGAUCCUGUAACAAAGAAAACGAGGCAAGAUGGAUCAGAAGUUACUGAAAGACUUAUUACAGAGACUAUAACCACAAGACUGACUUCCUUACCACCCAAGGGAGGGAGUAGCAGUGGGCUCAAAACAUCAUCCCAUACUGGAGGAGGCGGGGUGGAAAAGAGGUCUUACACCCAUGGCAGCAGCUGUAUGACUUCAAGUGGAAGCGGUAGAAUGAAUUCUUCAUCAUCAUCAUCUGGCUACAGACAAACCCAGUCUCCCAGCUCUACUCUCACCAAAUCACCUGGCUCAACAUUUGAAAGAAAAACCUAUGUCACCCGCCAUGCUACAUACGAAGGGAGCUCCAGUGCUAACUCUUCUCCUGAGUUCCCCAGAAAAGAGCUUGCAUCUGCCUCCACACGAGGACGAAGCCAAAGUCGAGAGAGUGAAAUACGAGUCCGACUGCAGAGCGCGUCACCCUCUGGCAGAUGGACGGAGUUGGAUGAUGUGAAACGUUUGCUGAAAGGAAGUCGAUCAGCAAGCUGCAGCCCUACUCGAUCACCGUCAAGUACUCUCCCAAUACCAAAAAAAGCUGUGGUGGAGACAAAGAUGGUUACUGAGAGCUCUCAGUCAGUGUCAGGGACGUAUGAUACGACCAUACUGAAUAGUGCUCUCCCUUCAUACAUGUGGUCCUCUACUCUGCCUGCUGGGUCUUCCCUUGGUGGAUACCACAACAGCAUGACACAGAGCUCUUCUUUGAUCAAUGCUAUGUCGCACUCUACAGGAUCAGUCUUUGGUGUUCCAAAUAACCUGGCUCCCAGCAAUCCCACUCUGAACACAGGCCUGAGCACUUCCUCAACAGUGUUUGGUGUUCAAAACAACCUGUCUCCAAGCUCUGCAACUCUGACCCAAAAUGCCACUGCAGCUUCUGCAGCAUAUGGGCUGAAGAACACUUCCCAGAGCAACACCAUAGCUAGUACUGGUGUGUCUGCCUCAGCAGGGGGAACUGUUUUGAGCUCCCAGGGAGAUGAUAUCCUACGGAAAGACUGCAAGUUCCUGCUGCUGGAGAAAGAGAAUGUCCCAGCAAAGAAGGAGAUGGAGCUCUUGAUCAUGACAAAGGACAGUGGCAAAGUCUUUAGUGCCUCUAGCAGUGGGCUUAAUGGAGGAUCCUUCGUGGAAGACACCUUAAAGAAGGAGAAGCAGGGAUUUUCCUCCUCUUACGGUGCAGAUGCUGGCUUAAAAUCAGAAGCAAAUGGAGGACUAAAAUCCGUGCCAACAAGGGACAAAGCAACUUACGCAGAAAUACGAGGUGGUGAUGCUGGGGGUGCAAUAGGAUCAGCACCAUCCUGGUGCCCCUGUGGUUCCUGCUGUAGCUGGUGGAAGUGGCUCCUGGGUUUGCUUCUGGCUUGGUUGCUUCUCCUUGGAUUGCUCUUUGGACUCAUUGCUCUGGCGGAAGAAGUGAGACAGCUGAAAUCUCGUGUGAAAGACCUGGAAAAAAGCAGUGGCAGCUACCUGACAGUUAACCCAGGGAUUGCAAAUAUAGACAAGGAAGUUUCAAAAGCAGAAUUUGUUCGUGGUGCAGCACCCUCCUCAGCCUUCUCUUACGGAGAUGAAGAGUCAGUUUGGCUGAUGGUGAAGAGCAGACUGAGCAAGGAAAUAGAACGAGGCUACUUCCGAGGGGAGAGAGGAGAACCUGGUCUGAAAGGUGACAUGGGAAUGCAAGGGCCCAAAGGAGAACGAGGGCUUCCUGGAGUCCCAGGCAUUCCUGGUCCAGUUGGACACCAAGGACCAGAAGGACCAAAAGGACAGAAAGGCAGCAUGGGUGAUCCUGGCAUGGAAGGUCCAAUGGGACAGAGAGGUCGAGAAGGGCUGCCAGGGCCUCGAGGAGAGCCUGGACCACCUGGAUUUGGAGAAAAAGGAGACAGAGGUGUUGUCGGUGAGCCAGGUCCUCCAGGGCCACCCGGUCCCCCAGGUUCUGCCGGCCUUAAAGGUCUGAUGGGUUCUCCAGGUCCACAGGGUCCUCCAGGUCCUCCUGGCCUACAAGGAUUUAGAGGAGAAGCAGGUCUUCCAGGUGCUAAAGGUGACAAAGGAGCUGCUGGAGCCCCUGGACCAAAAGGUGACCAGGGUGAGAAAGGGUCUCGUGGAAUGACAGGUGAACAAGGCUUAAGAGGAAUGCCUGGUGUUCCAGGAGAGCCGGGGAGUAAAGGAUCAGUAGGGCCAGCUGGCCGUGAUGGACAGCCAGGUGAAAGAGGUGAACCAGGUCUUAUGGGAAUGCCAGGAGCCCGAGGCCCACCAGGUCCGACCGGAGAUGCUGGACAGCCAGGUCUCACAGGACCCCAAGGACCCCCAGGACUUCCAGGCAACCCAGGCCGACCAGGAGCUAAAGGAGAACCUGGAGCUCCAGGCAAAGUUAUAAGUGCUGAGGGUUCGUCAACUAUUGCUUUGCCAGGCCCACCAGGUCCCCCAGGCCCACCAGGUCCUACUGGACCCCCAGGUGUUCCAGGUCCUGUUGGGCCAGCUGGUCUCCCUGGACAGCAAGGUCCACGGGGCGAGAAGGGAUCCGCAGGUGAAGCUGUGAUAGAAACUAUCAAAACAGAAGUCUCAUCAUUAACAUCUCAGAUGCUGUCAGAUUUACAAGGGCGAGCAGGACCGCCAGGUCCUCCUGGACCACCAGGUGAAUCUGUGCAAGGGCCCCCUGGACCUCGUGGACCCCCAGGAUUGCCGGGACCUCCAGGCCCACCAGGGAGACCAGGAUCUUUCGCUUCAACCUCAGAAACAUUCUUCACAGGACCACCAGGUCCACCAGGCCCACCAGGCCCGAAGGGAGACCAAGGUGAACGAGGCCCACGAGGAUUCACAGGUGAACCCGGUGAGCCUGGUCUCCCAGGAAUCUCCUCACAUGGUGGCAGAGUGACCAUGCAGGGACCUCCAGGAGUUCCAGGCCCACCAGGCCCACCAGGACCUAAAGGUGAUGCAGGUGUCCCAGGCGCUCCUGGCAUCCCAGGAGCAUCACGAGGUGGAUCCAGACAAAUUCAGGGACCCCCAGGACCUCCCGGGCCACCUGGUCCUCCUGGCCCAGGUGGAAGCUCAUCUCAAGAGAUUCAGCAGUAUGUCACUGACUUCCUGAAGAGUGACAGUGUAAGGCAUUAUUUAACUGGUGCCCAAGGCCCACCAGGCCCACCUGGCCCACCUGGAGUCAUCACUAUGGCAGAUGGAACGAACUUGGACUAUGCAGAGCUGGCUACCCGUGUUAUGAGCUACAUGACAAGCUCUUCAAGUCGUUAUCAAUCAUUUGACAGUUCGAUAUCAACUACAUCUGCUUUGUAUCAAGAACUUCUGGACAUGUUGCAGAGAGAAGAAAUUCGGCAGUAUCUGAUUGGACCUCAGGGCCCACCGGGGCCUCCUGGACCAGGGGGAGAUGGCAUGUCUCUGUCCCUGGAUUAUGAUGAAUUGACCAGACGGGUUAUCAGCUACUUGACAAGUUCUGGGAUGAACAUUGGGCUCCCUGGACCACCAGGGCCUCCAGGGUCGCCUGGCAUAUCUUACAGUGACCUAACAGCAUAUCUGCGAAACUCUGAAUUCAGUGGCCUUGUUGGGCCCCCUGGGCCUGCAGGGCCCCAGGGACCCCCUGGGAUCCCUGGAUCACCUGGCACCUCUCUGGAAGACCUCUCUGCUUACCUACAAAGUAUGGGAUACUCCUCCCUCUCCGGAGUCCAGGGCCCACCUGGCCCUCCUGGCCCUCCAGGACCUCCAGGCUUCUCAGGAACCGGCCUUCUGUCCUAUGCUGACAUCACUCACAGUGACGAGUUCAGGAGCGAGCUGAUCCAGUACCUGAAGAGUGAUGAAGUUAGAAGCUACAUCUCGGGGCCACCUGGCCCCCCUGGGCCACGGGGGCCACCAGGACCAAAAGGAGAUAGUGGUUUGGUGGCAGGGUCCAUGUCUGCGUCAUAUCGAGAGUCGCUGGCUUCCGAGCAGUCACAUGGAGGAUCCCUUGGUGCUGGGGGAUCUCAAGGGGGGUCCCUGGGCACAGGCAGCUCGUACAGCAGCUCCAUGAGCAGCAUGUCAUCUUACAGUGCCUCCUCCACCGGCAGCGAGGGCUCGUAUGGUGCUUCCAUGGGCGGUGAGGGCUCCUACGGCACCUCCAGGGGCAGUGAUGGGUCUUUUGAUGGGUUGCUGGCAGCAGAAGAGGCACACAGAAGAUCAGUGAGUUCAAGCAGAUCAUACAGCGACUCCUUCACUGGACCCCUGGAUUACAACGAGCUGGCACUCCGCGUGUCGGAGAGCCUACAGAGCAGAGGUAUCCUUCAAGACCUGAUGUCUUACAAUGCACAGGGACCCCCAGGUCCCCCAGGCCCUCCUGGUCCCCCUGGAAUCAGCAGAGUCUUUGCAUCCUAUGGCAAUGUCACCGAGGACCUCAUGGACUUCUUCAGAACACAUGGUACUAUCCAGGGGCCACCUGGUGAGAAGGGCGAGAGGGGUUAUCCCGGACCAAAAGGUGACCCUGGGCCAAUGGGCCCUCCAGGACGCCAGGGGCAGAGGGGACCAAAGGGAGAGAAAGGAGAGAAAGGUGAGCAACUGUAUGUUGGCAGAAGAAAAAGAAGAAGUGUCGGGGUCUAAGGGCAGAGCCAGCUCGGUUCUGCACUGGGCAGCGUUCCUGACAGCCCAUUCAGCGUUAGCCUGGAUCUUCACC